AUGUUGAGGUCACGGGAUCAGCGGGCGCACGACAACUGGGCCCUCAUCAAGGCUCAGGAUCUGGCGUUGGAGAAGAAGGCGUCCCUGCACGUGUGCUUUUGCCUGGUGCCAAAGUUUCUGGAUGCCACCCUUCGCCACUUCGACUUCAUGCUGCAGGGUUUGGCUGCUGGCUCAGCGAUUGCUUCGGGGUCUCUUCGACAGUAUUCUGUCGACAGGGUCCGAAAUCAUUAG